AACAAUACAGACCCGAGUAGGAGUAAAACCAAGGGGAAGAAAGGGAAAAAAAGAAGUCGAACUAGACCCUCAUUCGCUCCCUAAUCCCGAUCCCGAUCUCCACCCAAAUCCACCUCCCCGGCUCUCCCCCACUCCGAUCCAGAUCUCCACCUCACUUACCCAGCCCCAACAGGACUCCUCCGCCGUCGCCGGCGGGCGCCGAGCCCCACGCGCCCCCUAGGAGGAAGCCUCCCACCUGAGCGGGCGUCGCAAUGGAGCAGCUGCGGACGAUCGGGCGGGAGCUGGCGAUGGGGUCGCAGGGCGGGUGGGGGCAGUCCAAGGAGUUCCUGGACCUCGUCAAGUCCAUCGGCGAGGCGCGCUCCAAGGCGGAGGAGGACCGCAUCAUCGCGCGCGAGCUCGAGCACCUCAAGCGCCGCCUCGCCGACCCCGACGUGCCCCGCCGCAAGAUGAAGGAGCUCCUCAUCCGCCUCGUCUACGCCGAGAUGCUCGGCCACGACGCCUCCUUCGGCCACAUCCACGCCGUCAAGAUGACCCACGACGAGUCGCUCCCGCUCAAGCGCACGGGCUACCUCGCCGUCGCGCUCUUCCUCAACGAGCGCCACGACCUCGUCAUCCUCGUCGUCAACACCAUCCAGAAGGACCUCAGGUCGGACAACUACCUCGUCAUCUGCGCCGCGCUGACCGCCGCGUGCAGGCUCAUCGGCGAGGAGGCCAUUCCCGCUGUGCUGCCCCAGGUCGUAGAGCUGCUCGCGCACCCCAAGGAGGCGGUCAGGAAGAAGGCCGUCAUGGCGCUCCACCGGUUCUACCAGCGAUCCGCCUCCUCCGUCUCCCACCUUGUCUCCAACUUCCGCAAGAGGCUCUGUGAUAAUGAUCCUGGGGUGAUGGGUGCAACUUUGUGUCCCCUGUAUGAUCUGAUUUUGGAAGAUUCAAAUUCGUACAAGGAUUUGGUUGUUAGUUUUGUUAACAUCCUCAAACAAGUUGCCGAGAGGAGGCUUCCUACUUCCUAUGAUUACCACCAAAUGCCCGCACCAUUUGUUCAGAUAAAACUAUUGAAGAUACUUGCUGUGCUGGGUAGUGGUGAUAAACAAGCAAGUGGACAUAUGUACACGGUCUUGGGUGACAUAUUCAGGAAGGGUGACACCGCAAGCAACAUUGGCAAUGCUAUAUUGUAUGAAUGCAUAUGCUGUAUUUCAUCCAUUUUCCCAAACCCUAAGAUGCUAGAGGCUGCAGCUGAAACAACAUCAAAGUUUCUGAAGAGUGAUAGUCAUAAUCUUAAGUACAUGGGCAUUGAUGCUCUUGGCCGGUUAAUCAAAAUAAAUCCAGAUAUUGCGGAAGAGCACCAAUUGGCUGUUAUUGAUUGCUUAGAGGAUCCUGAUGACACUUUGAAGCGCAAGACUUUUGAGCUUCUUUAUAAGAUGACAAAGUCAACAAAUGUUGAAGUGAUUGUUGAUAGGAUGAUUGAGUACAUGAUCAACAUUACCGAUCACCAUUACAAGACAGAAAUUGCAUCACGCUGUGUUGAACUUGCAGAGCAAUUUGCACCCAGCAAUCAGUGGUUCAUCCAGACCAUGAAUAAAGUCUUUGAGCAUGCUGGAGAUCUUGUCAACAUCAGAGUGGCACACAAUUUGAUGCGACUUAUUGCUGAGGGCUUUGGAGAGGAGGAUGAAGGUGCUGACAGUCAACUAAGAUCAUCCGCUGUAGAUUCCUAUCUCCGAAUUGCGGGAGAGCCAAAACUUCCUUCUUCAUUUCUGCAGAUAAUAUGCUGGGUUUUGGGAGAGUAUGGAACAGCAGAUGGGAAAUAUUCGGCUUCGUAUAUUAUUGGGAAGUUGUGCGAUGUGGCAGAGGCCCACCUCACUGAUGACACUGUCAAGGCUUAUGCAAUCUCAGCAAUUUUGAAGAUAAUGGCAUUUGAAAUUGCUCUUGGAAGGAAGAUUGAUAUGCUGCCUGAGUGUCAAACAUUGGUAGAUGAAUUGUCAGCUUCCCAUUCAACAGACUUGCAGCAGCGGGCAUAUGAGCUGCAGGCUUUACUAGGCUUGGACAAAGCUGCUGUUGAAACUGUAAUGCCUUCAGAUGCAAGCUGUGAAGAUAUUGAGGUCGACAGAAAUCUCUCGUUUCUAAACGGUUAUGUGCAGCUAGCCUUGGAAAAGGGUGCGGCCUCCUACAUUCCGGAGAGCGAACGCUCCGGAGUGAUUAGUGCUGGCAGCUACAGAAGCCAAGACCAACAGGAGACAUCCGCCCAUACUCUUAGAUUCAAGGCCUAUGAGCUACCUAAGCCUUCGCUGCCUCUAGCAACCUCACAAGCCAGCAUUUCAACGCCAACUACUGAUCUGGUUCCAGUUCAAGAACCAGGCUACUAUAAGGAAGACCAUCAAACAUCUAGGUCCCAGCCGUCAGGUGAUGCACGUUCUGGCGAAUUUGGUGUCAAACUUCGCCUUGAUGGGGUUCAGAAGAAAUGGGGAAGGCCAACAUAUUCCUCCUCUUCGACACCUUCAAGCUCAACAUCGAGCCAACAAGCUGCUAAUGGGGGCUCUCAUUCUGAUGGGGGUGGGUCAACAAGUUCACAGACACGCGAGUCCUCUUACGGUUCAAAGAGACAGCAGGAUGCGGAAGUUUCAGCGGAAAAGCAACGGCUGGCUGCUUCACUUUUUGGUUCCUCAACUGCUAAAGCUGAUAGGAGAGCGCAGGCCUCUCGAAAGACAGCAAAGGAGAGUCCCUCGACCGAGAAAGUAACUGUCACUAAUGUGGCACCUCAGCCUGUCAAGGAGCAAGUAAUCCCUGCUGCCCCACCACCUGAUCUGUUGGAUCUGGGUGAGCCAGUUUCGUCAAGUCCUCCAUCGGCUGACCCUUUCUCACAGUUAGAGGGGCUCCUUGGACCAGCGUCAGCCUCUCCCGUGCUUUCUGAAACUCCAGCCACCAGCAGUUCGAAAACUCCUGAUCUUAUGUCAAUCUUCUCGGACGAUUUACAAACUGGAGCAACCAGUGGACCCGCAGAACCUGCGCUAGGCGAUGCUCAUUCAAACAAUGCACUUAAAGGAGCAACUGCAGUGGCUGCAAAGAAGGGCCCUAACCUUCAAGAUGCAUUACAAAAAGAUGCGACUGCACGGCAUGUAGGCGUAACGCCAACAGGAGACAAUCCUAAUCUUUUCAAGGACUUGCUUGGCUAGAAGAUAUGCCAGAUGUUAGGCGUGCUAUCUUUGGGUGAAUGGAGUUUAUCUCCAACAUGGUCUGAUCGCUGAAACAGUGAUGAUCUGAUCAGCACAGGACAUAGGGACAAGGGGUAUAUUUGUUGAGUCACAGGACACGACCUUUCCCCUCCCAAUUAGGAGAGUUUGGGAGGGAUUCUGCUGUUGUGAUUUGUGGAUGGCUGCGGGUUUUUUUCCUCUUGCGUUUUUCACAUGGUAAUUUCCUGCUGAGACUUAGUGUACAUGUGUUCACAUGAUGUGUAAUUUGUACAUGAGACCGUGGUCCAGAAGCGUGUGCUGGACCUUUUUUGUUCAGCUGGGAGGGGCCUGUUGCAUCUGUGUUUUUAGAGUUCUCCGCAUUGGAUAAUUGGAUAUACAGUAGCUGGACACUGGAAACUAGAAUACCUGUGCCAUCUCCUUCGGAACUGGUGGAAUAAAAUGUUAGUUUAUUGGUCA